AUGAUCAGUCGCGGAGCCCCGCCACGUGUUCCCCCCUCAUUGGCUGCCCGAUAUCCCCCUAACGGCAUCGCCAUGUGCCUGUCACCGUUAAAAGGGUCAGGACCACAUGUUACGGAGAGAGAGAUGAGCGUGACAGCUAAGGCGUGGAGAACGACGGCAGCGGACAUGGAGUUGAUUUCCAGUAAGAAAAGGAAGUUUUGCUCAGAGAUCGAAAAUGAGGGCUACGGCGGCGGGGAGGUGGAGCCGUCGCCGGAAAAUUCAGCGUCGACGGCGGCAUCUACGACCUGCGGUGGCUUUUACGAGCACGAAGAGUGCUCGAGCGGCGUCGUGAAGAAGAGAUCGUCGGAUUUGGAGAUUGUUGAUUUGCAGUCCGAAUGCUUUAGAACGGAGAGUUCCACGUCCAUCGCUCGCGUAUUCAGGGAAGCAACUCCAACCAGCGAUUUUUACGGAGACUCGGAUCAAGUGUCACUGCACCCAAUCUUCACGGUAGAAGGCAAAAAAUCUACACCUCCGGUGAACUCCCGCCGGAAAAUUGUGAAGCUUUCGCCGUCUCCGUCGGAUCUUGAGGAGUUCUUCGCGGCUGCGGAGAAGUACGACCAGAAACGAUUUGUUGAAAAGUACAACUAUGAUAUUAUAAGGGACGUUCCAUUGGAGGGAAAGUAUCAGUGGGUUCGUUUACACCCUUAAAUGAAAUUGCUACUCAAAAAAGGAAAAAAAUAAAAAUAA